AUGCUGCAACAGAUCCUGCAUGAUCUGUACAUCGACCCUGAGCUCCUGGCUGAGCUCAGCGAUAUGCAGAAGCACAUCCUCUUCUACAAGAUGAGAGAGGAGCAGCUGAGGCGCUGGAGGGAACGGGAAGCCUGGGAGGCUCUGGCUCAGGUGGAUGGCCUUAGGACCCCGAAGGUCAAGCAAGCCAGCACCAGGCACAUCCAGUGGCUCCUGGGAGCAGAUGGCGAGGUCUGGGUCUGGGUCAUGGGAGAAGGCCCUGGUGACAAGCCUUAUGAAGAGAUCUCAGAGGAGCUGAUCGCUGAGAGGGCACGGCUGCAGGCGCAGAGGGAGGCUGAGGAGCUCUGGAAGCAGAAGGAAGCAGAGAUCACUAAGAAGUUCCGGGAUGCUCUGGCCAAUGAAAAAGCCCGAAUCCUGGCAGAAAAGUGGAAGGUAGAGAUGGAGGACCGCAAGGCUACCAAAAUCUUGGAGCAACAUAUUCAUGAGGAAUUCAAGAGGAAAGAGGAAGAGGAGCGGAAGCGGGGAGAGGAACAGAUUCGCCUCCAGGAGGAGCAAAGGGCAAAGGAGCUGUACUGGACCCUGAAGCAGGCUCAGCUGCACAGCCAGUGCAGUGAGCAUGAGCAGCGAGAAUGGGAAGAGCAGUUGCACAGGAUCAAGGCGGCUGAUGAGGAGCAGAGCCGGCGAGCUCAGCGUGCCCGGGAUGAGUAUCAGCGGCACUCAUUCCGGGCCAUCCAGAAGGGCACUGUGGCUGGGCUCAGCUCCAUGUUUCAGGAGCUUGGCCAGAACCACGAGCAGGAGGCGCGACUCUACCACCAUCUGCCUGGCCCUGGCCCACCCCUGCCCCUUGCUGUGCCUGUUGGGACAUGGGAGCGACCACUGCGUCCAGUCUCCAGAGAAGUUAUUGUCCGCUGGUUUAAGGAGGAGCAGCUGCCUCGCCAAGCUGGCUUCGAGAGGAACACCAAAUCUAUCGCCCCCUGGUUCCAUGGAAUUAUUAGCCGAGAAAAUGCAGAAGAUCUCCUGGAGAACAUGACCGAGGGUGCCUUUCUGGUCCGAGUCAGUGAGAAGAUCUGGGGUUACACCCUUUCCUACCGCCUGCAGAAAGGCUUCAAGCACUUCCUUGUGGAUGCAUCUGGGGACUUCUACAGCUUCUUGGGAGUGGACCCCAAUCGCCACGCAACCCUCACAGAUCUCAUUGAUUUCCAUAAGGAGGAAAUUAUCACUGUUUCUGGGGGAGAGUUGCUGCAGGAACCCUGUGGACAGAGGGACAGCCCACCAGACUACCACCUAUUGUUUGAAUGAUAGCUUUUCUCUUCAUCAAUUGGGUUUCUUGGGAUACUUUUUAAAAAAUUUAAACCCAGCUUAAAAACUUCCCAACUCAAAUCCCUAUCGCCUUCAUCAAGAC